AUGCUCCGCGCCCUCCUAUCCCUCCUUACGCUCUCGGCUGCCACGGGUGACAACUGCGCGUCGGCCAGCCCCAACAUCGUCGUCGUGGGCUGGUCGUGCAUGGACAUGAUCUCCUAUGUUCCUGCUCUCCCCGCUGCCGGCGAGACGCUCGCCGGCAGCAGGUUCUCGCUUGGGUACGGCGGUAAGGGAGCCAAUCAAGCCGUUCAGGCAGCCAAGCUCGGAAGCCGUGUGGCCAUGGUCACCAAGGUUGGGGAUGACCUACACGGCAAUUCAACGAUUCGCAAUUUUGAGGCCCAUGGGGUCGCCAUCUCGCACGUUUCUCGUGGCCCACCUGGGGUUUCCCACGGCGUUGCACCCAUCACGGUGGAUCAGUCGAGCGGCGAAAACUCGAUCGUGAUUGUUCUCGGCGCGGGCGGGCUGCUCUCUCCCGAGGAUGUGCGCAAGGCGCAGCCGGCGUUCGCUGAGGCGGGCCGUCCUCCGGGAGGCGUGCUGCUGGCGCAGCUCGAGGUGCCCCUCGAGACGACGCUGGAGGCCCUCUCGCUCGCGCGCGCCGCGGAUCUCACCACUGUGCUAAACACGGCGCCUGCUCCCUCACAAGGCCUUCCGGACGCCCUCUGGCCACUCGUCGAUAUUGUCGUUGCAAACGAGCCCGAGCUCGCGGCGCUUGCCGCCGCGCCCACAGCCACCAAUGCCGACGUCGAGGCUGCUGCCGCUGUUCUCCUGGCGCGUGGCGCACGGAGCGUCCUCGUGACACUCGGCCCGCGGGGCUGCGCCCUUUUCAAUGCUUCCGAGGCCCCGGUGUUUGUGAGUGCGCCGCGCGUGGUUGCACCGCGCGACACCACCGGCGCGGGAGAUGCUUUCCUUGGCGCCUUCGCCCACCACCUCUCCUCCGGCGCAGCGAUCAAGACGGCGCUUCGCCGUGCUAACGAGUGCGCAGCCGCGUCCGUGGAACGGGAGGGCACUCAGAGCUCGUACGAGAGCGCCGCGUCGCUGGCCGCA